UCAUCGGCAUACCAGUGUCAUUGAUCACGCCGCCAUAGCACUGAUUCGCAAAUUUCUCCCCUUUUAUAUAUUUUUCUUGGUAAGACAUUGAUUGGCUGAGAAUGGCGAGGUAUUCCCCAAAUUUAACUCGCUUGUUUCUCCGACAAAAUCCUCUCUCAGUACAAAGCAAUAAACCCCAGUUCAGGAACCUUGGCGCCGGAGUAGAUGGCAGCGGCGAACACUCACUCCAGGUCCAGGACCAGUCCCCUAUUCCUGACAAUGUUCAGGGAUUGAAUCAGAUAAUGGUACAAGGGAUUUGGAGGACGAUUCGAACUCGUCCCAGGUGGGAGCAAACCCUAAUUUCUGAUUUUCCGUCUGUCAAUUUCUUCGAUCGGUAUGUUUUAAAUGGGCUUCUAAAGCAGCAAGCUAAUGGUCUUCUGUCACUUCGAUUUUUUUACUGGUUGACGUCACAACCUGGGUUUUUUCCCGAUCAUUCUUCCUGCAAUCUCAUAUUCAGUUGUCUUUUGAAAGCCAAAGCUUCGAAAGCUGCAAGUUCUUUCAUAAAGUCUGUAGAUUUUACUCCUGAACCAGAUUUGUUGGAAGCUUAUAUUAGGUGUUUGUGUGAAAGUGGUGACUAUGAAAAUGCACUUGAGGUGUUCGAUGAAAUGAAAAGCAUAGGAAUUUGUCCGUCAUUAGAAACCUGGAAUUCGGGUUUAUCAGCUCUUAUCCUAGCUAGCAGGACUGAGGAGUUCUGGAAGUUGUACGGGAACAUGAUAGAGUUUGGUGUGGCGGGGGAUGUGGAGACAGUUGACUAUAUAAUUAGGGCUUUCACUAUUGACAAGAAUGUUGAUGAAGGUCACAAACUGCUGAUGCAGGUUCUAGGAGAUGGUUUUGUUCCCAGUAAUGCUGCUUUUAAUAAACUGAUUUCUGGUUUUUGCAAGGACGGCCAUUACUCUAGGGUUUCUUCCCUACUUCAUAACAUGAUUGCGAAAAACCGCACACCCGAUAUCCUUACCUAUCAAGAAAUCAUCAAUGGGUUAUGCAAGAGGAGGAUGACUCAUGAAGGUCUUCGGAUUUUUAACGACCUGAAAAAUAGAGGUUAUGCUCCCGAUAGGGUAAUGUACACAACUAUGAUUCACGGUCUUUGCAAGAUGAAAUGGAUUGAUGAUGCCAGAAAGUUAUGGUUUGAGAUGAUUCAGAAAGGAAUUGUUCCAAAUGAGUACACAUAUAAUGCUCUUGCUUAUGGUUUAUGUAGCAUUGGGAAUCUGAAAGAGGCACAGGAGUUAUAUAAAGAAAUGCUGAAUAGUGGUUAUAGAAAUUCAAUAGUUAGUUACAAUACGAUGAUUAGAGGAUUGUCCUCAUUUGGAAUGACCAAAGAAGCUAAUGCUAUGCUAGCGAAAAUGGAAAAAGAUGGUAUUUCUCGUGAUACUGGCACGUAUAAUUCUUUGAUCAAAGGAUUUUGCGAGGAAGGUAAUAUAGUUGAGGGUUUGGGGCUCCUAAACGAGCUCCAUGAGCGGGGACUGCAACCGUCGGCUGCCUCGUACACGUCUCUUGUUGAGAAAUGUUGCGAGAUGGGAAAUCUGGAAGAAGCGAAAGAAUUGUGGGCUGACAUGUUAAAUAGGGGUGUGGAACCAGCAAAUUGUGUUCAUGAUUUCAUUAUUUGUGGGUUGCUGGAUAAAGGUUAUGAAUUGGAAGGGUUUGAAUGGUUGGAUGCAAUGCUGAAGAAAAAUCUGAAACCUAAAAGGCAGACAUUUGAAGGAGUUAUCAAUUGUUUAUCUGAAGGGGAUAAGUUGGACGAUGCUUUAUACGUUCUUGAUUGUAUGUUUGAUAUUGGAUAUGCAAUUAGUGGAUGUGUUUUUCAAUCGCUGGUCAGAAAGCUAUGUAGAAAUGAUUUGCUUGAUGUGGAAAGAUGCCUGCAUAAUAUCCUCGAAUGAAGGGGAAGCAUUGAAGACUCUUGAGUAAUGAUAACCAUAAAUGUGGCUUGGGCGGUUGUGGUUUGAUUGACCUCCACACGGGACAAGGAUCUCGACAUCAUUUUGAGCAUCGAGUGGGUAACAAAACAUUCUCAACUUUCCUAACGAAUGAUGAGAGGACCGUCAUUCUCAUACCAACCUCUUGUUGAUCGAUAACUUGCAAGGGCAUCAUUGCUCCUCUUUCUAUGUGUUUCUCUGACCUCUAUCUCUCUCCCUCCCUUUCUCUCUCCCUCUUUCUGUCUCUCCAUUGCUCGAUUCGUCUCCAUUUUGGAUCCUCGGGAGGUCUGAUACGGAAUCGUCUCUGACAAUUGGAUUUCAU